AUGCUCAUCACACGCUUGGAGAAAGAUUUACGCGAUCAAGUCUUCUCUCAGUCAGACAAAGAAAUGAUCGAGGAUCCCAGGUUGAUUACUGAUUUGAAGACCACUGCAGUUAGAAUAAAGUUGAGAGGUGCCAUCCUUAUUUCGAAUAUAGAAAGAGCGAAGUAUAGUAUGACGACGAUACGCAAAAUAAUCCCAUCCGUUAAAGAGGUUCCGGACGAGACCAUAAUUCUUCUAUUUGAAGAAUUUCUGGUACGGCUGGAGCAAGUCGUCAGAACCAAAAGAAUGAUGAUUUCGAUAGCAAAGAACUUACUAAGUUAUUUUUGCGCAGCGACAAAGAGUUGUACAAAGGAAUUGAGAUAAUUAUCCACUUCAUUUGUGUGUCCGCUGUGAAAGUUUCUGUUCAAUCAGUGAUUGAAUCAUUAACAUCAAAGUUUGAGAUUCACUUCAAUAAAUUUAGAAAUGUGAAUGAGGAUACCGCGUACAACGAAAUGAUGGUCGGAGUUAAUGGUCCUUUACCACUCCAAUGUGAUAAAGUUGUGAUGGCGGCUAUGAAACAACAUUUCAAAGGGCAGCAUGGCAUUCGCUUUAUAAGAAGUCGAAUGACAUCAGCCUAUUUGACACAGUGGGUGUAUCUAACAAUUCUAAGGUUGUAA